AAUGAACAAUCCUGUCUGUCUUUUCCCAAAAUAAGCCAGUGGGAGAGGGAUCGCCGAGUAAGCCAGGGAGAUUGGAGCAGCGAGGUGCACAGCCCCUGGUUAUAAGUCCUGGGAGUGCUGCUGCUUGGACCCACAGCCUCUCUAGCUCAAUAUACACUGCCUGCCUGGCGGCCUGACUCAGUUGACUGACUGACUGAGUCUCACUCCACUGUUGCUUCCUCUCUCUCCCUCUCCUGUCCUGCUCCCUCGCUCCUUCCCUCCUACUUUCCACCCUGGAGAGCGAGAGCGCACAGAUUGGGAAGGUGCUCCUCAGACCUGCGUCUGGACAGCUUGAAGACGGCACAGAGAGGAUUUUCACUCUUGCUCUUUUCAUCUCAAUUUCACCAUCUCUGCCAAAAAGCACAUGGAUGGACUUUUUUGUUUUUUGCCAGAGGCAGAAAAAUAAAAGUUAAACAGACAAUUUGCUCCACCUGCAGUUGAAUUUUUUUAACUUUUUUUUGGUUGUUUUUUUCCACCUACACGUGUGAGCAGCACUGGACCAAUUCAGGGUGCAAGCUCUUUGCCCAGGAGGACACCAUUCCUCUUUUUUGGCUGCAUGUUCAUUAAUUAUCUGAUGCCAUCGCAUCACAUGGGAGACACGCGUGGCUGAAGCAAGGAGGGAGGUAGAAGAGAGACCCACCUGAAGCUCACACCUACCACUGCCCUUACCCAGUGCUCCCCCCCCUGCACCUCAACGCUCUGAGGAGAGAAAGUUCUUUGUGUGUGACACCUGAAGCCGGGGAUGCUGUUGACCAUGCUGUUGGCUCCCGUCUGUGUGCUACUGAUGCUGGGGGCGCGUGCUCUCGCUGGAGGUUACCCCCCCAUGCCCCACAUGAAGUACUUGCAGCCCAUGAUGAAGGGGCCUAUUGGACCCCCAUUCAGAGAAGGCAAGGGACAUUAUGUUGAUAUGCCACCCAUGAUGGAAGUGAAGGGGGAACCAGGCCCCCAAGGGAAACCUGGACCAAGAGGCCCCUCUGGGCCAGGAGGACUUCCAGGAAAACCUGGACUGGGCAAGCCGGGUCUCAAUGGCCAGCAAGGCCCUCAGGGGCCUCCUGGAUUUCCAGGAAUCGGUAAGCCUGGACUUCCAGGUCUCCCAGGAAAGAUUGGACUAAAGGGGAUGCCAGGGCUUAACGGCGAGGUUGGCCCUCGUGGUGAACCAGGUUCCAGAGGUUCUUCAGGGCAGCCCGGCCUCCCUGGCCCAGCUGGCCUGUCUCUGAAUGGGAAACCAGGACUUCCAGGCAUCAGAGGCCCCUCUGGGUCUCGGGGUGAACCGGGAUUAAAGGGUCUUUCUGGCCCACCAGGUGAACGUGGAAUUAGGGGCGAGAAUGGAAACGGGAAGCCAGGGCCUACAGGUAUAAGGGGUCCUCCUGGGCUGAAAGGCGGUUCAGGCCCACCUGGACUUCCAGGUAUAGGCAAACCGGGACUAAAAGGUUUGCCUGGACUGCCUGGUCUUAAAGGUGAUCAAGGACUCUCAGGGGAAAGAGGAGAAUCAGGAGAGGAUGGGGCUCCAGGUCUACAAGGUCUGCCGGGGCCAGUUGGGUUAGGUAAGCCUGGGCUAGAUGGACUGCCUGGAGGACCAGGUUCACUAGGUCCUAAAGGUGAGCCAGGGCAAAGGGGUUCUCCUGGAUUUCCUGGGGCUCCUGGCUAUGGAAAACCUGGUCUGAGUGGGCCAAAAGGAGAUAAGGGCUAUGGUGGGUUGCCUGGUCUCCCAGGGGACAAAGGAGAGCCAGGAAUGGUGGGCCCAAUUGGGGAAUCAGGUCUUGAUGGACAAUCAGGACCACCAGGACUUCAAGGCCCAAUGGGACUACCUGGAAAACAUGGGAUGCCUGGACAGAAGGGAGAGCUGGGGCCCCAGGGCCCUCCAGGACUGCCUGGCCUCAGAGGCGACCAAGGCCCCAGUGGAUCAUUUGGAAAACCUGGCAUCCCUGGCGAGAAAGGCAUCCCUGGGCCUAACGGUCCUAUUGGAAAACCUGGACCCAAAGGUGAGGCAGGGUUUAUUGGCCUACCUGGCAAUCCAGGGCUAACAGGUGCUUCAGGGCCUAAAGGGGAGACAGGGUUUAUAGGGACCCCAGGCCCCAGGGGCCAGUCAGGCAUUCCUGGUCUACAGGGGCCCAUGGGUCCCAUGGGGCCACAGGGUGUCCCUGGCCUGAAGGGUGAAGCCGGAUUUCCAGGGAUUCCAGGACUGGGUAAGUUGGGAGAGAAGGGAACUAUAGGUCCCCAGGGUCCUCCAGGGAAACCAGGCCCUUCUGGGCUUAAUGGUAACCCCGGCGCUCCUGGUCUUCCCGGUCCCCCCGGUCCUCCAGGAAAUGGCCAAACAGUUGUUGCAGGGCCAACAGAUUCACAGCUGGAAGGGGAUGAAGUACCAGGGGACAGGAAAGGGCCUGCAUACAGUCAAGUCCCACUCUCCGCCUCGGUGGCUCCGGCCUUCACAGCCAUCCUCACCACACCGUUCCCCCCCUCCGCCAUGCCAAUCAAAUUUGACAGGACCCUGUACAACGGGCAAAACGCCUACAGCACUGCUACCGGCAUGUUCACCGCUCCUUUAUCCGGUGUCUACUACUUUGCGUACCACAUGCAUGUAAAGGGAACUAGUCUGUGGGUGGCACUGUACAAGAACAAUGUGCCGGCCACUUACACCUAUGACGAAUACAAGAAGGGCUACAUGGACCAGGCGUCCGGUAGUGCUGUCCUAGAGCUGAAGGAGGGUGACCAGGUAUGGGUCCAGAUGCCCUCGGAUCAGGCGAAUGGCCUCUAUUCUACCGAGUACAUCCACUCCUCCUUCUCAGGAUUCCUGCUCUGUCCCACAUAACCCUCUCCUUUCAUUCAUGUUCCUGUAUUGGCACCCUCAGAGCAGCCCUAAACCGAAAAUACCUGCAGCCAUAACAGAAACACAAAACCCACAGGAUUCUCAAUAGUAUUGCCAUCAUCUUUAUCCGUCUCAGCAACAUCAGUGAAAGAAAAAAACUUUGUGAAUGAAAUAUGGAAAGUUUUAACAGGCAGGGGAAGGAAUUUCAUACUGUGCUCUUUGUGUCCUUCAAAUGUGUGUUUUUGGGUUGUAUUUUAUGUUGGUGUUUUUUAGCUUAUAUUAUUUUAAUUAUUAUAUUGUCAUAAUUUUAUUGUUAUUAUUUGGUCCUUGUCAUAAUUGUUGUCGUUGUUUAUCGGAUUCAGACUAUUAAGUGCCUUACUUUGUAAUGUGCUAGUAACAGACCUUCCCAUGUGACUGCACAUCCUGCCCACAUGCUCUGACAUCACCAGACCCUGGGGGGUGAUUGGCUCCUCUGGCUGCAGUCACGUCCCCCCUUGUGUUCUUAUUUAAACCGCGAAUGGCAUUACUGACAUAAAGAGCAACUAUACAACAUAGACAAUAUAGACAAACAAUAGCGAAACAAGGCAUUUUGUGCUGUAACACCAUUACUUUUCACGUUUCUUUUGUUUUGGUACGCUAAACAAUUGAAAUUAUUAAUGGGAUCUUUGUUUUUAAGAGUGAGAUAUAUAUAUAUAUUUUGACAAUUAGUUGGCAUCUGUAGGGUGCUCAUUUCUCUGCUUCUUUCUGAAUUUAUUAGGCGACCAUUUAAUCUUUAUCUUUCUUAUAAUUUAUUAAACUGUCCAGAAACACAACCCAAGAAAUACAAUCCAAGAGUAACUAUGACCUCACAGUAUUAGAAUUAUUCAAUUUAAAUGGCCCUUUUUUUUUUUUAUUUACUGUCAGGACAAUGUUAAUUAAGGAUGUCAAUUAAGUCAAUGUUUACAUGCCAUAGAACAGAUACUGAGAGCAACUGCAAAUGGACAGUAAGGACACAACUCUAGCUGGAUCAAUGGCCCGUUUCCUUGUAUCGAUCCCAUUUUUCCCAUUUGCACUGCACCGUGUCGCAGGCCUCUCCUUCAAACACUCUGACCAUGACAUCACUGCUCUCUAAUGGUUACUACCUAUUAAUAAAUCAGUAUCACAUUAACAGUCCACGUGAGCGAUCUGUACUGCCGUACUAUGAAAGCCCCACUCUGACCACAUGAUGCUGUGACUGUUAAAGAAAAAUAGGGAUGACAAACAAAAUACAUCCACUUCUUCCUUCAAUGCCAGUUUCUAUGUGACUUGUUGCAAUGCGCAAAUGAGAGCAAUUCUAAUUCAUUUGUGAAUAAAAAUAGUGUAUUUUCCAAAGCAUUGCAUCUAAAAUAGCACCAUUAUUGUUUAGCUUAAAGCAACAUCCGUGGCUACAAGGACAAGAUGUUUCAGAGCCGCAUAAUGUCAAAAGUAUCCAGCCGGAAAUGAGAAUCAAUCUGCAUUUACUCCAUGAAUAAGUAAAGGGACUGACUGAGGCCCACAGGUUGUGAAAUACAGGUUGUGUAACAUUUAACAAGCCGCUGCCAGAUUUCUGGGAGAGGUGGUGGGCCAGAGGUGAGAGUGGUGUAUUUACUCAUUUCUGUUGGAUGAGGCAUUAAAGAUACAUGCUGUGUGUGUGUGUGUGUGUGUUCUAGUAGGUGUACCCUUCUGCCUGUCGCUGUGUCAAUAUAUGUGUGUGUAUGUGUGUGGGUAGUUCACAUUGUACCCUCUGGCAUUCCGGUCAUGAACACUUCAGCGAGUAUAAUAACAAACUUGAGUGAAGUUACAAAACCCUAAGAAGAGCUUACAUUCCUGUUAAUGUUCCACAAAGUGAUCUGAGUUCAAAAUCUUUCAUCCUGCUUGGGGUUUUUGCUCACCCGGUAGAGUGUGCACCCCAUGUAGGCUGAGUCCUUGGCAAAGGCAAUAAAGGCCCUUAAAUAAAUAAUAAUAAAAGAAAAAUUCACACACUUCAAUGGUGUCUUUGCAAAGUAAGGGAACACAUUAUGAAAUAGGUGAAUGUAACGAGUAGAUUAUGGGACAUGAAAUUGACAUAAUGAGAUAAGAAGACAUUUACUAAACAUAAAUUACUAGUUAACUCUAAGGCUGACCCGAAUGCUUCGAAGCUUCGACUGUUGCCAUGGAAAUAGACCUCCAAAUCCGUAUUCGAAUGCUUUGUUUUUUUGUUUAUAUAUAUAAGUAUAUUAUAAUAAUGUUUAU